UUGUCGGUGAAGCUGGGUCGUAGUGAUCCGGGGAUGCCCGUGUCGAACAUACCAAUGUAUAGCGAUGGGAUCUAUUUUGAAGAACUGAAAACGAUGAAGGUUCAGGCGAGCACUUGGACCCUCCGUGCUGAAUACGAUAUCUUACAAUUUGUCGCAGAGUUGGCAACAGCCAACCGAACCGUCUUCCCGUUGUUAGAAGCGUGUGCCAAAAUGCAAAGCAGUAGUGCCGGUAAUUGCGAGGGUAUCGGCGACAUUCGGGAGCUAAACAGUGAAUUGAAUGAAUUUAGCACAUUGUUGAAAAGCUUCUGUGAAGAAACGGCCGACGAAUCACCAGCCAGCCGGCGGCGGGCCCGCCGGGGCAUUCUUCGCUCAUGGUUUGGCCUUAUGGACGAUACCGAUCGAGAGCAUAUUCACGAUAACUUCACCCGUGUUAAUCAGCAGCUGGCGAUCGAGUCGUCGACACUGAAGCUGUUCUACAACACAACGAACCAGGCGCUAGCGGCUCUAUCUGGAAAUAUCUUUAAAAUUGAUCCUAAACGGCCCCAAACGAUUGACUUCACGCGCGAGGGCCAACUGCUGCUGAUGGACAUUCUGCUCAACAAAAUCAUCGCUAAAAAGAACCUUUUUAUGCAACUGCUUCAGAGCACCACUUCGGACCGGUUGAGCGACAGCAUCAUCACCCCGAACCGAUUGCUGGCUGAGCUGCAAAAAGUACAGAAGUUCCUACCGCUCGGCUUUCGCUUUCCAGUGGAGAUGAAUUUGCGUGAAGUGCUUAAGCUGUAUGCCCUAUCAAAGGUCGCCGCGUACGUCGAGGGCUGCCGACUUGUGGUGCACAUUCUCAUUCCCCUCUGCAACCGCUCGACAUACCGAACGUUCAAGGGAACACCGAUCCCUUCGAUCGAUAAGAACCGACAACUUCUGUCCAUGAUCGUGCUCGACCAGGACGUGUUGGCAGUCGACGAAGCAACGUCUACUGGCAUCCUUCUGUCUUUCGAAGAAUACAAACAAUGCCAGCAUCUAAACGAUUUCGCUUUCUGCAACGUACACCGUGUCGUACGCAAUUUGACUACCGCUGAAGAGUGUUUAGCGGCCACUUACUUCAAUCGCACACACCACGGUUCGAACUGCCGGGUGUCACGGAUACAGAUCAAUCAUCAGUUGUGGCUGCAGCUGGCGAAUCCCAAUGACUGGAUUUACGUGAUGCCAAACUACACGGACAUCACCAUACAACACAGCGCUGACCGCGUAAACGCACUGACCCUGCAUGGUGUUGGCAUGCUGCGGCUGCUGCGUAUGUGCCAUGUGCAAUCGCAGGACGUUUGGUUACAGUAUGUCCCACAGCUUGGCGGUAACAAAAUCAGAGCCACGAAAGAUUCUACCGUAUUCGCUCUCCCAGUGACGAUCACACGCGAGCAAUCGCUAGCGAUCGGUAGCAGCACGGGCGAUAGCAGUCGUAUCAUACCAGUUGGCCAUAAAGCUGAAGCUGCUUUGCUUGAUUCGUCCGUUUUGGCCGGUGUUUACCGGGAACCGGCAACCAUAUCACCGUGGGUAAUCUGCGGUAUCGUGUUUGGCGCGUCUGCCGUGCUGUUGCUUGUGGGGCAUGUGUUUGGCGACAAGUGUCAGUGGUUUUCAGGAUUGCCAAAUAGAAUGUUCCGCAGGGAAGAAGUUCCUGCCAUUACUACGCCUAGCCACGCAGACAGACAGGCCACGCAUUACACGCCAAAUACCUUAAGCCAAUCACCACAGACUCCGCUCUGCGAUGAUUAGCCUUAUUGAGGACCACCAAAUCUAGCCUUAAGAACGCCCAUAUAUGAUGAAGACUCAUAUCAAUAAUCCUGCUUUCGAGAAAGAUCAUAUAUUGUGAAUAACUAUCGUGUGCCUUGAAACCAAAUCCCUCUGAGUUUUUAAGGGUUAGGAUUAUAUGUACGAUACGAUUCGUCCAUUUCGGGACAUUAAUGACUAUUUCAUGUACAUCGAUCUAUGUACAAAGAACGAAACAUGUCUCAAAAACAGUAAUUUUUGGAAAUUAAUCGUAAGGGAACCCGGUGUUCCAGAAUCGGAAGUGAUA